GAGGAGAGUUGAAUGAUUGAACUUUCUUGUGUAGUUUCUGCGGCGCGGAGGUGUCUGCCCCCAGCGCAGCCCGGCACCAGCCCGCCGAGCGGCAGCUCAGUCCGGCGCCUGCUGCCCCCCUCCCCGCAGCGCCCGGCCGCCCCUCUGCCCUCCUCUCCUGGCAGAGCGAUGGUGCGGAGGGCGCCCGGCGCGUCCCUCGCCCUGCUCCUCUGGGUAACGGCCGCCUGCGGCAGCCCCGCCGGGCCGGGGGCUGGCGCCGCCGCUCCCCGCAGGCAGGACGAGGCUUUCUCCACCGCCAGAUGCACCUCCAGGUGCCUGAGCCUCCAGAUCACCCGCAUCUCCGCCUUCUUCAAGCAUUUCCAGAACAAUGGGUCACUUGCUUGGUGCCAGAAUCAUAAACAGUGUUCAAAGUGCCUGGAGCCCUGCAAAGAGUCCUGGGACCUGAAGAAAAACCACUGCCAAAGCUUCUGUGAGCCUCUUUUCCCCAAGAAGAAUUAUGAAUGCCUAACUAGCUGUGAAUUCCUUAAGUACAUCCUGUCUGUGAAGCAAGGGGACUGCCCAGCACCUGAGAAGGCCAGUGGUUUUGCAGCUGCCUGUGUUGAAAGCUGUGAAGCUGAUAGUGAAUGUUCUGGAGUGAAGAAAUGCUGUUCCAAUGGAUGCGGUCAUACGUGCCAAGUUCCAAAAAAUCUGUACAAAGGUGUUCCACUGAAACCCCGGAAAGAAUUAAAAUUCAUAGAACUUCAGUCUGGAGACCUGGAGGUGAAGUGGUCUUCAAAAUUCAAUAUUUCCAUUGAGCCUGUGAUCUAUGUUGUUCAGAGGAGGUGGAAUCAAGGAAUCCAUCCAAGUGAGGAUGAUGCUACCAACUGGCAAACUGUGGCACAGACUACAGAGGAGCGGGUUCGGCUGCCUGACAUCCGAGCAAGCAGGUGGUACCAGUUCCGUGUGGCAGCUGUGAACGUGCACGGGACGAGAGGCUUCACGGCACCCAGCAAACACUUCCGAUCCUCGAAAGAUCCAUCUGCUCCACCAGCUCCAUCUAAUAUCAGAAUUGCCAAUAUCAGUGCAAACAAUGAUGGGAGUGUAAAUGUACUGAUUACUUGGGAUCUUCCAGAAGAGCCUGAUAUCCCAGUGCACCACUACAAAGUCUUCUGGAGCUGGACAUAUAGCAAAUAUGUAAUCCCAGCAAAAAAAAAGAGAAGGAAGAUUACUGAUGGGGCCCAAAAUUAUGUGGUCUUGGAGGGACUCCAGCCCAACAGCAACUACAAUGUCGAAUUGCAGGCAGUAACGCGCUGGGGUCAGAUACGCCUAAAAAGUGCUAAGGUUUCUCUCCAUUUUAGCACGACUCAGGACACCAGGAAUAAUAAGGAACAGGCAUCUUCUGCUGGGAAACCCCAGAAAGGACUGGUAGAUCCUUACCCAACAUUUCAAAGGAGAAAACCUGCUCGUUUUCUUAAAAUUGGAACUCCUUUCUAUCAGGACAAUCAACUUCAGGUCAAAGUCUACUGGAAGAAGACAGAUAUCAGCAUGAAUCAAUUCCAAGUCCACUGGUUACUGGAGUCCUGUGCACACAAUGACACCAAAGGACUUGGGAAAGUAACUGAGCUGACUUACGAAAACUACAUGAUUCUGAAGGACCUGUCAUUUUCAUGCAAAUAUAAAGUAACUGUUUUGCCUGCGAAAUCUAAAGGUCGUUUUAAGGCUGAGAGCAUUUUCUUUGUUACCCCACCUUGCUCUGCAUUUAAAGAAAAAAACCACAAGCACAUUAAUUGUCCCGCUGAAGGAGUGCCAGUUCUACCCAAAGUGUUGGCCAAACCCGAGAACCUAUCUGCGUCUUUCAUUGUCCAGGAAGGUAACAUCACUGGGCAUUUUUCCUGGAAGAUAUCUAAGGCAGACCUUCGCCAGCCCAUGACUGGCUUUCAAGUCACUUGGGCAGAAGUAACCACAGAAAGCCGGCAGAACAGCUUACCCAACAGCAUCAUUUCGCAGUCGCAGAUACUGCCAGCAGAUCAUUAUAUACUUACCGUGCCCAAUCUGAGGCCAUCGAUGCUAUACCGCUUGGAAGUUCAAGUGCUGACGACUGGUGGGGAAGGGCCAGCUACGAUAAAAUCGUUCCGAACACCUGACCUGCCUCCAUUUUCACCCCACAGACCUCAUCUGAAGCAACAUCAUCCACAUCACUACAAGCCACCCCCAGAGAAAUAUUAGACUGUUUCAGAUGAUUAUACAAAUAACUGAGAGAAAAACUGAGCUACCAAAUGGAGGCUAGGAAAAGGCACAUCUGUAGGAGCAAUGAACCCAGUUUUCCAGUGGAAGUUACCAUCCUGUACGAUCAGUAUCUACUUCUCUGUAGUUCAGCCAUGACAGCUUGUAUUUGCACCAAGGCCAGGAUGAAACACACAGCAAGAAUCAUUUCAGUGCCACCACUGUUCAACGAAAUGAAGAUCGUAUCCAGCGCAACACCUGUGAGAAAAUCAAAAGUGUGUUCAUUGUAAUGUUUUUGUAUUUGUAGAUUGAAACAGUGCAGUGUAUACAGCUUUUUCUCUUAGUGGCUUCAAUGUUAAUAUUUGCAAGGUUGUCCUGUGAUGUAUACAUACUUUUGAACACUGGAGGCCAUGUUCUCAUCAGCGUGUUUAAAUGAUCUAUUUUACUUACAGCUCUGCCUGUCACCAGUUUAAACCCUAGUGUAUUCUGCUGUUGAAGAAGAUCUCCAUAUGUCUGAGGACAUAAGUAAAAUAAAUACCAGUAGCGGAAACCCCAAAAUAAUAGUCGGUAUUUGAUAAUUGCAGUAUCACCACAGAGGAAAAUGAUGAUACAUUCUUAUCAACCAUCUGUUCUGAAAUGGUAAUGUUUUAGCAUGUAGAUCUUUUAUUAACAUAGUUAAUAGCUAAAAAAUAUCCAGGAUAGAUGUAGCAUUGUAAAGAAAUAAAUGGAAAUUAAUAGAAUUGUUGAAAAUCUAUGGCAAUUAAUACAAUUAAUUGAUAGAACCUGGCAGAAUGAAAUUUAAACUGCCACUUACCAUUUUUUUGAUACAUAAUAUUUCAAGAUACAGUAAUAUCUUGAAAAGAAAAACUGAUUUUCUAGUGAAAAAUCGGAAUAGUUAACAUGAACAUUUUAGAAUUUGAAAUUCUGAGGCACAUUUAUUAUUCAAGUAGCCGUAGAGCUACUUUUUGGCUUUGGCUUUUGAUGCAUGUAUCUCUUUUCCCCAUGGAUCUUUUGAACAGAAGGAUGGAUGUAUUGGCUCCAUGCUAUUCUGCUUACAGAAAGAAUUAUGUGACAAUAUUCUGGCAUCUGGAAAACAUUGGCUUAUAGUUUAUUUGAAUGCAUUUUUCAAAUUUAGACAGACGGGUGCCCUUUUUAACCAUAAGGGAAUUCAUAUUGCCUUAUUGUGCAAUAUAAACUGUCUAGAAUAAUUUGCCACACAGAGAGACAUCCUUCGAUAGUAAACAGAAACUGCUUGGAUUUAUUACCGAGAGGGUGGAAAGUAUCUGCCAAUAAACGUCCAUACAAAUACUCAUAAUCAGCUUCUCAUGUUCAAGAUGUUCAAAGUGCUCCUGCAUUCUUUGGCACAGUUUCCGUUGCUCCCUGAACCAUUGUAUGAUGAGGCUAAUGGAACGCAAACGCUUAGUAGUCAAACUUGACUAGGUGGCCACUUUUUCUCCCAGCAGAUGCUACAGACUCACCUGUACUUCAUAUGUGCCUGAGGUAUUCAGUGUGAGGAGCUCAGACGUUAGUGGUAAAUAUAUUUUCCUUCUCUUGAUGACAAACUGGAAAGUAAAUACAGAGAAAAUAAGUACAUACCUGAAACUCAGGAUCAGAGUUACGUUUAUCAUAGUAGAGAAUUCACAAAAUAUUCAAAUACAGUUUGUCUGUACUGAAGUUUAUAGCUUUGUGUUUCCUGUGGAUUGAUACCACAGGGGGUGAAGGAAACAAUUUCUGAUCACUCACUCACUCCAGUUUUCAUACGUUUCUACCUUCAGUUUUAAAGGGCUCUUUUUUGCCAUUCUCUUUCUACUUUGCUUGUUGUCUUUUUUGAUAUGCACUCAGUGACCAAGAACUUUCCCAGAAAAUUUCUAUUGCUACAUAGUUUGGGCCUUUAACAGUAGUUUUACAAAUCUUAAAGGCUAUGGUGCUUUUAAUUCCUUCCUCUGUCGUUCUGUCAUCUCCUCUUUUCCAAAAUACAUUAGCAAAUUAACAGAUGAACUCUUCUUCAUAAAAAUCUCUAGUAUAAAGGUUUUAUUUUCAAUUUUGGUAGAAGGCCAAAGUUUCAGAGACACUUGUCAGCAUGGAAAUGUUCUGUGCGUACAAGUUUUUACAGAGAAAACACAAUUUGAACCAGAACAGUGUGCAGCACUGCUUCGACACUUGGAUUGCGCAGGGCGUCGAUAAGUCUAGAAGUGAUCUCUGUGGUGUUUGCUGAGAGCAGGAGUCAGUGGGAGCUGGGAAAGUAAUUAACCUCAGGCUUCUCUGAAAACUUCUGUCCAAACCCUUCAAUCACAGUCUGUCCUAGUUAUGCUGGAGCAAAUCUGUAGUGACUUGAUUAAUGUUAAUGAAAUUAUAUUUCAUUCGUAGUGACAUGGUAAGGCAUAGAACAUGGAUGUCGGUCUUUAUUACAAUGAUGCCAAAUCUGUCUUGGCGAUAAACUGGAAGUUAGCAGCCCUGAGUAAUCAUAACCUUAGUCUUGGUUCCUGAGGGGAAACCUCGUUCUUCUGAAAUGAAUCAAAAUGGUUACUGUUUGUUGAUGCCAGUCUCUUUGAAGCAUGCCCCUUUUGAAAGUAACAACGUACUUUUCAAAAACAUGGAGGGGUUUUCACUUUUAAAGUAGAUUCUGGAAAUCAAAAAAAAAAAAAAAGAGUUCAUGAAGUAGAAUUGUAUUGAACAAGUCUAUUAUGUAGAGUCCACUAAGAUGUAAAUUAUUUUUUUCCUUCUACAAAUCAAUUUAUCAGCUCAUCUUUCAAGUCACCCUCCAAAUCAAAAAUGAAAAAUACAAGGUCAACAAAGCUCGUGCAUGGAAGUUAGAUUGCCAACUAUGUGUGAUUUCCUGAUUAUUCUUUGAAUUUAGCAGUAUGGAUUUGAAGUUGUUAGUGCCUAAUUCAUAAAGCCUUGUUCGCUGAAUUGUACAGGGUAUUGUCCUAAUUUACUAGCCUAAGUCACAUUAAGCAUUUAAUUCAGCAAUAGAGUUGUAAUUCACUACUUGUUUCACUAGUUAAAGAUUUAUUUUCUCUAAUGAUGUUGUGUAAUACAGAGUUAAUAUAGGUAUUGGGAUGUUUUUAGAUAUUAUGCACCUUUAAACUAAUGUAUUAUUUGCUUUGUACGAUUCUGAUGGAUUUGUCAGUUGACUUCAGGAUGCAUUUUGUUUAUCUUUGUUUCUUAAAGGAGAAUUGUAAGAUUAUGCCAUUUUCACUAACUGUUUUGUGAGGUGGAUUUUUUUUUGUGUUCAUCGGUGAUUUUUGUUUAAGAAGAAAAUUGUUUGUUCUUGUUAUAUCUGUUUUGACCAUUUUUGAGUUGUUUGUUCAAAUAAGACAGAGCUUGUGAUGUACUACUAUGUGUAUCAUCUUGAACGUUCAUUGAGAGUAUAGCACAUAGACAAUAAAUAGAAGGUCUGACUUCUGAAAUGCUGAACAUCUUCAACUUAGGGGCUUCAGAAAGAGCUGAGGACAUUGUAUGGCGAUGCAAACAUUGACAUUAACGUUUGGCAUGGUCAUACAAAAAAUCAAAGAAAUACUUAUUGCUAACAUGAACAGGAAUUUUACCGUUGGCAGUAGCAGAACUGUAUAGAAGCCUAAAUACUGAGUCAAUUUGUUCCACAAUACUUUCAUCUCCGUGCUCCCAACUGGGGUCAGGGAGAGUUUCAUAUAAGCAGGCCCUAAUUCAGGAAGGUACGCGGCAGAGGAAACUUCCAUAUGCACAAAAGAAGUCAGUGGGAUAGAAGGAAACCUCUGCAGCUAAGAAUGAGCUUUAGUGAUGUCUCGAAUAAAGCAUGGAUGUCAAAAUUCGCUUGAACGCUUUCUUAAAUCAGGGCCUUAUAGAACAAAGUAUGGGACCCAGACAGUUCUAAGUUCUGUGUACACCACCAUAAAAAAAUUAUUUUUGUCUUGUGUAUAUGUAAAUGUAGUUGUGAUAUUGACUUAUUUAUUAAUUGAUUUUCUUAUACUAUGUGCCAAGUAUAUUCCUACCCUUUUGAUCAGUACCUGUGAACAUCAAUUACUAAAAAUAAUGUUAUGCAAACUUGUGCAUUGUAACCAGGAAUAUGAUGCUAAUAAGCUGUUGCAUGUAGUUUUAAAUAAUUAAGAAUACCCUUUAUUUAAAAAAUGUAAAUGAAUACCUGCAGAUGUUGAUGAUUAUAUAUGGUUUUGCAUGCCAAAACUCAUUGUUCAGUUGUGGGCAUGAAAUGUAAUGACUGUAUUACCUCUACUGAAUAUAUUAGUAAGGUACAAUUUACAAAGUAAUUAACAGAGCUCUAUAUGUAAAAUUUUUCCUUUUUACUUAAUUAUAUUGUAGUAGAGGUAACAGAACUGCUUCUCUGUUACCCAAAUUGGCUGUAGAAAUUAUGUUCCUAUAACACUCAUUUAAAGUCAAUAUUUAUUUAUGUAUGUAAUACAAAAAGAUUGGUCUUAUGUGUCUGUCCUGUUAUUUAGAGAAAAAAAAUACACUUCUUGUAAAAAAUAAUUUGUAAAAAAAUGUAAAUGUAAAUAGAGUCUGAUUUCUUUUACUCAUUAUUUUCAUGUUUAGAAUUUGUACAUAGGUAAUAAACUAUCCUACAUCAAAAUCUUGCUACAUUAUCUCCUCCAUACAGAAUUUAUAGUUUUGUUUUUCUUAAGUUGAAGACAUAGUCAUCUAAGAAAAAUCAGUGUCACACCAAGUACCUUUGCUACGUCUACAUUUCAUUGUGUAUAAAGUCAUACCACUUUGUCCUCUGCUUACUACAGCAUUUUGUUUUCUUUAGAAAGUGAUCAAAAUAAUCUGAAAAUAAAUUUAGGUAUGAUUUCAGUCUUUUACAUCGCAAAGCAAUCCUUGAAAUAAAAAAUUAGACUCAAGAACUUGCCAUCCCUUUCUCUGUUUUAAUGGGAUAGUUCACAGUGAAGAUUUGUUCGCCCUUUGUAAUACUAACUUAAAAUAAUUUAAAUGUUGCUGGAUCUCUGUCAGUGGCCUGAUCCUGCAAGUCAAGAUUUUCAUGAAUGAAAAUCAUGGUGAAAUCUAUGUAUACACCAGAUUUGGAGUAUUUUCUAUUUUAUAGUGCCAUAACCUAUGAUUUAAAUUCUUUACGUUUAAUAAAUAUAAAUAUCUGUCUUAGUACAAACAUUAAACUGUUUCAAAUUGUCAUAGAUGUUCUGUUGUUCUCAGAUGCAAUAUCUAUAGUUUGGGGAUGCGCUUUGACUUACUCUUGACUUGCCUAAUAAACGUUUAGAUUUUGUUAACCCAAAUAUAAACUCCAAAAUUUCCUGGUGUUGCUUUCUCAUUAGAAUAACUGCUUAAAUUUUGGGGUUCGGUUGUCCUUUUACAUAACUGAAUGCUGUUUAGAAAAACCCAUAUAGUUAAAUUUCUCUGCAAGUUGGACUAUUUCAGUUAUAUUUGCCAUUAUGGUUCGGUAAAUCCAGACAAGAAUGGUAUAUCACUGUGGAUAGGUACGGUGACAUAAUAAAUAGUUGGUGUGUUGCAAUUUAAAAUAGCCAUUCAUUUUUUCCUUCCAUAAUAAAUAAAUGUUUUCUUCAACGUUGAGUUAAAAGAAACAAGGACUGGAUGAUGUGAAUCAUAUGAAAUAAAGAAAAUUUGCUAUGUAUUGAACAGCAUUGAUCAUUUGGGGUUUGGGUUUUGUGGCUUGUGCUUCUGUGCCACUUGGCUUCUGUGUAUCUAGAACUAGAAUGCACUCAAAAGAUUCCUUUUCAUUAAAAAAAAUGAAUACAAUGAAAGGUCUUUACAGUACAAAACCCCCAAACCCUCUAUACUUCUGUUUUCUUAUCCCAGGUGUUGCAUUGUCAUCGCCUGGAUAUACGCCAGCCUCCUUGAGGAAGACCUUGAGCCAAAACACUGGCUGUUAGCCCACCGGUGUCAACGCAGCACCUGUAAGGGUAAAGAAAUCACGGGGGAGAACACUGAGAACGUCACCUUUGAAAUUGAGCCAAUGUGCGAGGCUCCUGCAGAUCCGAAGGGGACGCGGUUGAGCAGAAGCGAAUUGCUCUGUCCCCCCUUAACCGGAUUGUGCUUAAUAGGCCUCCCUGCUUCGACUCAAGGUGCUGUCAGGAGCCUAGAUUAAUGUUUAAUACAUGCCUUGCUAUAAGCAUUUACGGAGAGUGCCAUGUGGCACAGAAACUAAAGAAUGUAUGAAUGCUCGCUGUACCCGGUUCCUCACCUGUGAUGGUGAUUUAUUCAUGUUACUUAACAAUAAGCUACAUUCAGGAGGUCUGUUUCCCCUCAAAGGAAGAUCAACUCUGGAAAUAGUGGUUUGUCACUUUUCAGGAGAGAUAGGCAAAUAUGCCACACACAAAUAUCCUUUUAUAUUCGUGUGCAAAUGUAUUUGUACACCGAAUAGGGCUUGAUUGCCUUUGUCACAAGCUGUCCAGUCAUAAAUACGUGCAAUGAGUUCAAAAUUGUCAAUGUUUAAAAGUAAGUCUGGGUUUGCUGAUUAGUACUGAUUAGACAACAUAUUUGUCAUAUUUUUAUAAUUUUAUUUAGAAACUGUUGCCUGAUUUAAAUGGUUCAGACUGCAUAGUUAUUAGUAGAUGCAGAGUGAUAAGCUGUAAUUUCCACCCUGUCAUUUUUAUCUAAAUGAAAGGUAGAGGAGGCAGAUAGGGGACAGAAGAGAAGGUGGCACAAAAAGAAGCCAGUGAUCUCGUGUAUUUGUUUCUCCGCAGACAUCCCAUUUCCAGUAUUGCAAACAUUCAAAAUAAUCUUUUAAAUUUCCUUUAUGAGAUGUGCUGCAAUACUUGCUUGAAAUGUAUUUCAGACUUUCAGUGAACAUACCUGCAAGCCAAAAUCAGCAGACUGUAACUCAUAAAACAGGAAUAUACAAGAAAAAAAUAAGCUGGUGGAUGCUAAUGCUUCUCUCAGAGCACUUAGGGACACCUGUUCUUUUUGCUUGGUGUUUAUGGAAUCAUACUGAAGACAAAGAAGAUCCAUAUGCAUUUUUCUUGCUUUGAGUGAAAUACGUCUCAUCGCAAAGGAUCCCAUUUAAUUGGCUAAAGGUGCUUCGUGAAAGGCUGAGUUACCGGGGGUAUACAGUAAACACUGUAAUGAUGCAUAACUGAACGAACUCUGUACUUUUCCAUUUUUCUAAAGAUUGUAUUAAUGUGUCUCAUCUUUUUGCCUGAACUUCAUUUUUUUUGGGCUUUGUUUUAUAAUGGAUCACUGUUCAUUGCUUUUGUUGUAUGUUCAGUGUGAGAACUUGUCUCAUUUAUUAAUCUCAGUCAUACAUGACACACGCAAAGCAGGUUUCUCUUCACUGCUCAUUGAUAUAAAGAUUUACGUUUAUGAUACCUUUCCAAUAAAAAAUAAAGCCAUUAAGAUAAUAUAUAUACAUUAAUGUAUUUAGACCUGAUUUCA